CUUGACGCUGUCAGUUAUCCCUGGGAUCCCCGUUAAUACCUCAGAUUCCCUCGUCAUUUCUCUUUAUUUUCCCGGUUACUGUCGGACCGGGUCGCUGCUGCGGGUCUCUGCCGGGUUAACCCGUGUCCACCGACCUGCAGGAGCAGGUGCAGUCGAUGUGGGACGGAUCGGACGUCGGUUUUCUCUCGGGUUGGGAUGCGGAUUGGCGCUGCUGUAAUCUCCGGAUUUCAGCUGGAGGCAGCGAACAGACGGCGGCAGGAAUCAGCGCAGAGAUUUUCUGAUUUCAGCCUUAAGACGCUUCGUUUGCGGAAUUACCGUAAAUGUGCACCGAGUGUCCGUUAUUUUCGGUUAGAAUAACGCAGAUUACAGGCACGACGUGGACACGACGUGGACAGAGACAUGUGUCCUGUACAGAUCGUGUUUGUGUGGUGACCUUCCGCUGAUGUCCCGGGUUUGGUGACAUCUUCAAACUAAACCCUCCAGUUUGGGUCAUGACUCAGAAAAACGUUAUCAGAAGGUUUCCACAGAACCUUUCUGUUCCUAAAAAUGUCCAUGUAGGCUCCUGUACCUGCUAAUAUUCUGCUCGCAUUUAAAGAACGUGUGGAGAACCUGGAGGAACGUUUUAUAAAGACAAGCUAAUGAAACGAACACCAGACGUCAUUUCAUAACCUUAACGAACCAUGUGAGAACAUUGACAGAGCUCAUUUCAUUUGCUUUAUUGUUGUAGUUUGAAACACUUUAGGUUGGAAACAUUUUCUAAAUUUGCUUGUUUUUACAAUUUAUAACCAAACUGCAAAGAUCUCAGAACGUUUUUACAUCCAGAAAUGAUUUUACUAAUUUUUGGAAAAGUCCUACCAAUUGACUUGUGAGUGACUUUAUGAGACUUGAUUUUGUUCAGUAAAAAGUCGUUUACUACAGAAACUGACAAGUGUAAUUUUUGUUACCUGAACAGGUGACAGGUGUUUUAAUUGGCUGAGGGCUGAGACUGACUUUUGUUCUGGGGUUGUAGGCUGUAGCUUCGUCCAUCCGGGUUGUUUGAUUGAUUCCCGAUCAGCUCUCAGAUCAGUUGAAUCAUUUAGUCUACCAGCCAAAAUCUUGUUUUGAUUUUUGGACGUGUCGCUUUGUUGUGAGGUUCAUCUUCUUAACCGUGAAAGAAAGAAAAGGCAGAAAUGUAAGCUUGUCAAUGUUUUGUUGAUGACUCCCCGCUGUGUCAUCGGUUUGAACCUCAAACUUCUGCUGAGUCGUUGUGGGGCAGUGAGGCUGCAGGUUGGAAUUAUGGGAAGCGUAGUUGGCUGCUGCACGCUUAAAGAGACUACAGUGACGUGACUAACAGCGACUAACGGCAGGUUUGGAUGGACACGUGUUUUUGUGUUCGUACAGGAGAGGUUUUGUCUAGCAGAUGCUACAUUGCUGCUGCUCAGGACGAACCCGAUCAGAGCCCAUCAGACUUCCUGGUUUAAACCAGCAAGGCGCACUUGGUUUUUCUUUGUGGAUUUUUAAACUUUAAGCCGACAUGUCGGAUAAGACGGCACCACGAUGCCAGCUGAGGCUGGAGUGGAUCCACGGAUACCGAGGUCACCAGUGUCGUAACAACCUGUACUACACCGCAGGAAAAGAGCUGGUGUACUUCGUGGCCGGGGUGGGCGUGGUCUACAACACCCGAGAACACACCCAGAAGUUCUACCUGGGACACAAUGAUGACAUCAUCAGCCUGGCGAUCCAUCCGGAUAAGAUCCAGGUGGCGACGGGUCAGGUGGGUAAGGACCCGUUCAUCUGUAUCUGGGACACCUACGCCAUGCAGACCGUGUCCAUCCUGAGGGACGUCCACACACAUGGAGUGGCCUGCCUGGCCUUUGACUCUGAUGGACAGCGGCUGGUGUCAGUCGGCCUGGAUGCCAAGAACACGCUGUGUGUCUGGGACUGGAGGAGAGGACGAGUCCUCGCCAUGGCAACCGGACACUCGGACAGAAUCUUUGAUGUGGCCUGGGAUCCGUUCCAGUCCAGUCGUCUGGUCAGCUGUGGAGUCAAGCACAUUAAGUUCUGGACACUGUGUGGGAACGCUCUGACUCCAAAAAGAGGCAUUUUUGGGAAGACGGGCGACCUGCAGACCAUCCUGUGUGUUUCUGCAGCCAAAGACGAGCUGACGUACUCUGGAGCUCUGAACGGAGACGUUUACGUGUGGAGAGGCAUCACUCUGAUCAGGACUGUCCAGGCUGCACACGGGGCGGGGAUCUUCAGCAUGCACGCCUGCGAGGAAGGAUUCGCCACGGGAGGACGAGACGGCUGCAUCCGACUGUGGGACGUCGACUUCAAACCCAUCACCAAGAUCGACCUGAGGGAGGCCGAGCAGGGAUACAAAGGUCUGUCGAUCCGCAGUGUUUGCUGGAAGGCCGACCGGAUCCUGGCAGGGACACAAGACAGCGAAAUCUUCGAGGUCAUGGUCCGAGACCGGGACAAACCGGUUCUGUUGAUGCAAGGUCACAGUGAGGGCGAGCUGUGGGCCCUCGACCUGCACCCCAAACAACCGGUCGCUGUCACCGGGAGCGACGACCGCUCGGUCAGGCUGUGGAGUCUUCCUGACCACACUCUGCUGGCUCGUUGUAACAUGGAGGAAUCUGUCCGCAGUGUUUCCUUCAACAACGACGGAUCUCAACUUGCUCUGGGCAUGAAAGACGGAUCCUUCACGGUGCUGCGUGUCAGGGACAUGACCGAGGUCGUGCACAUCAAAGACAGGAAGGAGGUGAUUCAUGAGCUGAAGUUUUCUCCAGACGGUUCCUUCCUGGCGGUUGGAUCCAAUGAUGGGCUGGUCGACAUCUAUGCUGUCGCCCAGCGUUACAAAAAAGUGGGUGAGUGCAGCCGCUCCACCUCCUUCAUCACCCACCUGGACUGGUCAGUCGACAGCCGCUUCCUGCAGAUCAACGACGGUGCCGGAGAGCGACUCUUCUACAGAAUGCCAGCAGGGAAGCUGGUUCCUAAAGAGGAGGCGAAGGGGAUCCACUGGAUGACAUGGACCAGUGUCAUUGGGGCUGAGGUGAACGGCAUCUGGCCAAAAUACUCAAACAUGACUAACGUGAAUUCUGUGGAUGCCAACUAUAGCAGUGCUGUGCUGGUGACCGGAGAUGACCUCGGCCUCGUCAAACUCUUCAGGUUCCCCUGCCUCAAGAAAGGAGCCAAAUUCAAAAAGUACAUUGGCCACUCCGCCCAUGUGACAAACGUUCGCUGGUCCAACGACCUGCAGUGGGUCGUCAGCACUGGCGGCGCUGACCACGCCGUCUUCCAGUGGAGGUUCCUGCCGGAGGGUGUCAUGAACGGAGUCCUGGAACCCCUCCUGCAAGAGGGUUACGCCGACUCCAACAGCGGAGAGUCGGACUCGGAUGUGUCCGACGUCCCCGAGCUCGACUCAGACAUCGAACAGGAAGCUCAGACCAGCUAUGAACGUCAGGUGUAUAAGGAGGACCUGCCUCAGCUGAGGAAGAAGCUGAUUGGUUCCCUGAAGCGGCAGAAAGCUCCAGAAGAGGGUCUUCGUCUGCAGUUCGUUCAUGGGUAUCGGGGCUUUGACUGCCGUAACAACCUGUUCUACACUCAGGCGGGGGAGGUGGUCUACCACGUGGCCGCCGUUGGUGUUGUCUACAACCGGUUGCAGCACAGUCAGAGGUUUUACCUCGGCCACGACGACGACAUCCUCAGCCUCACCGUCCACCCGCUCAAGGACUAUGUGGCUUCCGCACAGGUGGGCAGAGACCCGGCUGUCCACGUCUGGGACAUCCAGACGCUGAAGUGUCUGUCACUGCUGAGGGGUCAUCACAGUAAAGGAGUGUCUGCCCUGGAGUUCACAGCGGAUGGGAAGAGUCUGAUCUCUGUGGGACUCGAUGAAUUUCACUCCAUCGUCGUCUGGGACUGGAGGAAAGGAGAGCGACUGGCCAAGGCCAGGGGUCAUAAAGACAAAAUCUUUGUGGUGAAGAGUAACCCGUUCAGGAUGGACAAACUGGUGACCGUUGGCAUGAAGCACAUAAAGUUCUGGCAGCAUUCAGGUGGCGGCCUCACAUUUAAACGGGGGAUUUUUGGGAACCUGGGGAAGCAGGAGACCAUGAUGUCAGCGUGUUACGGUCGGUCGGAAGACCUGGUCUUCUCUGGAGCCACCAACGGAGACGUUUACAUCUGGAGAGACACGACGCUCAUCAAGACCAUCAAAGCCCACGACGGCCCCGUGUUUGCCAUGUGCUCCCUGGACAAGGGUUUUGUGACGGGGGGGAAGGACGGCAUCGUGGAACUGUGGGACGACAUGUUUGAGAGAUGUCUGAAGACGUACGCCAUCAAGAGAGCAGCUCUCUCUCCAUCAUCCAAAGGUCUGCUGCUGGAGGACAACCCGUCAAUCAGAGCCAUCACGCUGGGUCACGGUCACAUCCUGCUGGGGACAAAGAAUGGAGAAAUCCUGGAGAUCGACAAGGGCGGACCGAUGACGCUGCUCGUUCAGGGUCACAUGGAGGGGGAAGUGUGGGGUCUGGCUGCUCACCCUCUACUUCCUGUCUGCGCUACUGUCAGCGAUGACAAAACUCUGAGGAUCUGGGAGCUGUCAUCCAAUCACCGCAUGGUCGCCGUCCGCAAACUCAAGAAGGGUGGGCGGUGCUGUGCCUUCUCUCCUGACGGUAAAGCUCUGGCAGUCGGUCUGAAUGAUGGCAGCUUCCUGGUGGUGAACGCCGACACGUUGGAGGACAUGGUGACCUUCCACCACCGCAGGGAGCUCAUCUCAGACAUCCGCUUUUCCCAAGACACGGGGAAGUACCUGGCUGUGGCGUCCCACGAUUCCUUUGUGGACAUCUACAACGUUCUGACCAGUAAGAGAGUGGGAAUCUGUAAAGGAGCCGGCAGCUACAUCACACACAUCGACUGGGACUCCAGAGGUAAACUGCUGCAGGUGAACACUGGUGCUAAAGAGCAGCUUUUCUUUGAGGCUCCUCGAGGACGCAGGCAGAACAUCAGCGUGGCAGAGUUUGAGAAGCUGGACUGGGCGAGCUGGACUUCAGUUCUGGGUCCGACCUGUGAGGGAAUAUGGCCGCCGCUCAGCUUCGUUAACGCCACGUCGCUCAGCAAAGAUCACAAACUGCUCGCCACCGGAGACGACUUUGGCUUCCUGAAGCUGUUCAGCUUCCCGUCCAGGGGACAGUUUGCCAAAUUUAAGAAGUAUGUGGGUCACAGCACCAACGUGACGAACAUCCGCUGGUCCAAUGACGACUCUAUGCUGCUGUCUGUGGGCGGGGCUGACACGGCGCUGAUGAUUUGGUCCAGAGAGCCGGUGGGUUGCAAAGAGAGCAAAGCUGUGGACAGCGAAGAGUCGGACGACGACACGGAGGAGGACGGAGGGUACGACAGCGACGUUGCCCGGGAGAAGGUGGUGGACUACAUCACUAAGGUCUACUCUGCAAGCAUCAGGAACAUGUCAGGAACCAGACCUCACCUGCAGCACAAAGAGCUUCCUGUGGAGGAGAGGCCUCCUGUGAGUCGAGCUGCACCGAUGCCUGAAAAACUGCUGAAGAACAACGUGACCAAGAAGAAGAAAGUGGUGGAGGAGCUUGUGUUGGACCACGUCUUCGGCUACAGAGGCUUCGACUGUCGCAACAACCUGCAUUACCUCAACGAUGGUGCUGACAUCAUCUUCCACACCGCCGCCGCCGUGGUCAUCCAGAACCUGUCCGCCGGAAUCCAGAGUUUCUACCUGGAACACACCGACGACAUCCUUUGUCUCACUGUCAACCAGCACCCAAAAUACCAAAACAUCAUCGCUACAGGACAGAUCGGUGACAUCACUGACCUGCCAGAGGCUGAAAUGUCCGGCCUUGCUCCAUCCAUCCAUGUGUGGGAUGCCAUGACCAAGCAGACCCUGUCCAUCCUUCGAUGUUCCCAUGCUAAAGGUGUUGGCUACAUCAACUUCAGUGCUACAGGAAAACUGCUGCUCUCUGUUGGUGUGGAGCCUGAACACACCAUCACAGUGUGGAGGUGGCAAGAAGGCACCAAGGUGACCAGUAAAGGUGGACAUGCUGAACGGAUCUUCGUGGUGGAGUUCAGACCAGACUCUGACACCCAGUUUGUGUCAGUGGGAAUCAAACACAUCAAGUUCUGGACUCUGGUUGGAGGUUCACUUAUGUACAAGAAAGGAGUGAUCGGCUCGGUGGAGGACGGCCGCAUGCAGACCAUGCUGUCUGUCGCCUUUGGUGCUAAUAAUCUGACAUUCACUGGUGCUAUAAAUGGAGAUGUGUAUGUAUGGAGGGAACAUUUCCUGGUCCGAGUGGUGGCAAAAGCACACAGUGGUCCUGUCUUCACCAUGUACACAACCCUGAGGGACGGACUCAUUGUCACUGGGGGGAAGGAACGGCCGACAAAAGAGGGCGGUGCUGUGAAGCUCUGGGAUCAGGAGAUGAAGCGCUGCAGAGCGUUUCAGCUGGAGACCGGCCAGCUGGUGGAGAAUGUCCGAUCUGUGUGCAGAGGGAAGGGUAAAAUCCUUGUGGGAACCAAGGAUGGAGAGAUCAUAGAGGUUGGAGAAAAGAAUGCUGCCUCCAACACCAUGAUCAAUGGACACACUCAGGGAGGGAUCUGGGGUCUGGCCACUCACCCUUUCAAAGAUGUCUUCAUCUCCGCUAGCGAUGAUGGGACCAUCCGAAUAUGGGACCUGGCUGAUAAGAAACUUCUGAACAAGGUGAGUUUGGGUCAUCCUGCCAAGUGCACCUCUUACAGUCCCAACGGAGAGAUGGUUUCCAUCGGUAUGGAGAACGGAGAGUUCAUCGUCCUAUUGGUAAACUCCCUCACAGUCUGGGGCAAGAAGAGAGACCGCAGCAUCGCCAUCCAGGACAUACGGUUCAGUCCAGACAACCGGUUCUUGGCAGUGGGUUCAGUUGAAAGUGCUGUGGAUUUCUACGACCUUUCUCUGGGACCAUCCCUUAACAGGAUUGGCUACUGUAAGGACAUCCCGGGUUUCGUCAUCCAGAUCGACUUCUCUGCUGACAGCAAACACAUCCAGGUGUCCACCAGUACCUACACUCGGCAGGUGCAUGAAGUUCCCUCAGGAAAGAUUGUCACAGAGCAGUCUGUAGCUGAAAGGAUCACCUGGGCUACCUGGACCAGCAUCCUGGGUGAUGAAGUCCUCGGUGUUUGGCCUCGUAACGCAGAGAAAGCAGAUGUCAACUGUGCUUGUGUUUCCCACGCUGGCCUCAACCUGGUGACAGGAGACGACUUUGGCCUCAUCAAGCUGUUUGAUUUCCCAUGCUCAGAAAAAUUUGCAAAACACAAGCGUUACUUCGGUCACUCUGCUCACGUGACAAACGUUCGCUUCUCCUGCGAUGAUAAGUACGUGAUCAGCGCCGGCGGCAGCGACUGCAGUUUAUUUGUGUGGAAAUGUCAGUGAGAUCUCCGAAACCCUCCGGACUCCACCCGGAUAUGCUGUCAGUCUCCUUUUCCUCCUGUGACACGUCAGUCCCUUUACCUGAGAUCACACAGGACAGGAAGUCUGACAACAAACCACGUGUGAGGGUUUCAGUCUGCAGAUUUUGCCUGAACGUCUGCUGACAGACGGGAUCUCCAGCCCCGCCUGCGGUCCAGUCAGUGCUGACGGUGUUUUGUUGUGACGUAGUUCUUGUAUAUUCAGAUGCAUCUCAUGUGACGCUGAAGAGCAGCCGUUUGUACUUCAGGUCUCUGUGUUCAAAUGUUGGUGUUGUUGGAUUUGUUGAAGAAGAGAAGUAACCUCCUUAGAAGAACUUGUAGCGGCUUCGUGUAGCGACGUUUUUGUUUGUCAGUAUGUGCCUUUUCACAAACUCUGACCAAACAUUUGAUACACGUGUAUUUACAAUCAUGGGGUGCUAUGAAACGCGAUCAUUUAGGGCUGAUGAUUACACAGAUGAAUACUCUGGUUUGUUUUUUGUAUCUCCCACUGUCUGAAGAUGAUGCAGUUGUAUUUCAUAAUAGAGGAAAGAUGGAUCUUUGUUUGAUCCCAGCUGUUAAAACUGAAGGUGUGAAAAUAGACUGAAAAUAGUUUGAUUAGAAAAGCGAACUGAUUCUACCUCAAAAUACAAUAAAGUGAAACUAAAUAAUAGUAAAUAAUAUUUAAGGUAGAAAAUAACUAUUUAAUAGAACUCAUGUUUGAUUGAGCAGAACAUGAUGUCUGAACGGGUUUUCUUUCCACAAGUUGCUGCUGUGUUUUCUCCGUUAUUGGUCUCCUGUAGAAAUAAAACUUGAAGAAACUAAAUGCUGCUUUUGAACAUCUGAACAAGGACUUAAAGGGAAACGCCAAACAAAAGGCUUUGAGUCAUGAAUCUGGUGACGUCCUGCUCUACAGAGUCCGAGACCUGCUCAGCAAGGAACCUGAACAUCAGCACUAACACGUAACUUUUGUUCUUGAUGUGAUGCCAGUGUCCGUGGCAAACGUGAAGUUAAAGAGUACUUUGGGUAAACCAUCAAUUUGGCUUUUACGGUUUGUCAGAUCCUAAGGGAAAACGUUCUAAAUGAUGUGCAUGUUUUUCAGGCUUUCCCUUGAUUUUCCUUUUCGAAGAAACCUGGAAGUGUUGUGAACAGUGUGACUGGUUUGAGAUGGUACACAUAUGCAAUCUUUGUUGACUUGCCAUCCGUGGUAGAGAUGUUUGGGUGGCAAGUGAAAGUUAGCACGAGUUAGAGUGGACAUAAUUACAUGAAUAAACUGUAACUAAGAGCCAAAUGAUGAAGUGUGAUGAAGUGACUGAAUAAUCAGAGUUAAAAUUGUUGUGAGGGUUGUCGUAAUAAAUGAUAUCACAGAACUGAA